CUCAAUAACUGGUUUCUCAUCAUCGCUGGGGCACUCGUCUUUUUCAUGCAGUCCGGCUUCGCCAUGCUGUGUGCGGGGUGUGUGCGGAAAAAGAACGUCCAAAACACCAUGCUCAAGAAUCUUCUCGAUGCCUGCGGUGCCGCUCUCGGGUUUUACGUAAUCGGUUACGCCUUGGCCUUUGGUGGACAAAACGAGCGAUCCGAUGUUACCUUUGUGGGUACCACGGACUUUUUCAACUGGAACAGCGCCGUCCCGGUAAAUCAAGCCUUUUGGUUUUUCGAAUUUGCCUUUUCGGCCACGUCCGUGACGAUUGUGGCCGGGACGCUGGCGGAACGGUGUCAAAUGGUCGCCUACCUGUGCUACUCGGUAUUCUUAACAGGCUUUGUGUAUCCCGUUGUGGCCCACUCCAUCUGGAGCAACAACGGCUUUCUAAGUGCAUUUGCAGCCGAGCCCUUCCAGGGCAUUGGCGUCCUGGACUUUGCCGGGUCGGGUGUGGUACACGUGACGGGCGGGACCACUGCCUUGGUCGCCACGUAUAUGCUAGGGGCCCGUAAGGGGCGCUUCUACGACGCACGUGGGAGAGAAUUGGAAAAGCCCAAAGCAUUUCCCGGCCAUUCCAUGGCCUUGCAGAUGAUGGGCACCAUGAUUCUGUGGUUCGGAUGGUACGGCUUCAACCCUGGUUCGGCCUUGUUGCUGACGGCGACGUCCAAUACAGGUGGCGUAGCGGCUCUCGCGGCCGUGAACACGUCCCUCUCUGCCGCUUCGGGUGCCGUUUCCGCUCUCUUUACCUCUUUGUAUCUCGAAGAACGCAAGACUGGAGAAUACUCCUUCAACAUCACCAUGGCUAUGAACGGUGCUUUGGCUGGCUUAGUGGGUAUUACGGCCGGCUGUGGCACCGUCGAAAAUUGGGCCGCUUGUUGCACAGGGCUCGUGUCUGGAUGGGUCUAUAUAUUUGGCAGUGCCUUCUUGUUGCGUAUAAAGAUUGACGAUGCAGUCGACGCAAUUCCGGUGCAUAUGUUUUGUGGCGCCUGGGGUCUUAUUGCAACCGGCCUAUUCAGCUCGCCACGCCAUACGUUAGAAGCAUUUGGUACGGACGCACACGUAGGUUGGUUCUACAGUCUUGGCCAAGAUUCUUUGGACGCUAUUCUCUUGAUGAACCAGCUUUUGGGUCUUUUAUUUAUUCUCGGGUGGAGCGCCAUCUUGAUGUCACCAUUUUUCUGGUGGCUGAACUACAUGGGAUGGUUGAGGGCCGACUCCUUGGAGGAGUUGGUAGGUCUGGAUCAAGCCUACCACGGUGGA